AUGGCCUCAGGGACUGGAGGGAGCUGGGGUCAUCCCCCAGCACAGACUGCAGCCCCGACGCCCUGGGUGACCAUUCUGCAGCCCCUCCUGUGGACCAUCCCACCUCCGUCCCCACAGCCGGGCCGCGUGAAGGAAGACCUGCUGGAACUGAUGAUGCUGCAGAACGCACAGAUGCACCAGCUGCUUCUGAGUGGCCAGGUGGCAGCGGCGCUCAACCAGGGGCUUGCCUGGUCCGGCCCGCAGGUCUACCUGGAGGGCCAACAGGAGGCAGCGUAUGAAGAGGAGGAGGAGACCGAAGCCCAGGAGGAGGGGCCUUUGGUGUUCCACCACCACUACCUGCCCUGCCUGAUGCCUGCUCUGGGCCCCCUGCUCCCCUGGCCGGCCCCUCUCCUCUCCCCUCCCCUACCUCAGCCCUGCUUGCAGCACUUGGCCAGGGUUCAGCACCACCCUUCUACCUCUGGGAAAAGGGGGGCGAGAGCCGUGCCCCCGCCCCCACCCCCCAGCGCCACAGGGACUGUGGGUGUGGAUGUACCCCCAGCUUCAGACUACUAUGAUGCCGAGAGCCUACCUGAUUGCUGCCUGGGCUGGCAGAGGCCUGGGAACCAGAGCCCUCCCUCGACCUCCACUCCCCCACCCACCACCCCGGCGAUGGCCAGCGCUGCGGCGUCUCGCGUUGGCCCAAUAACCGAGCAGGAGGCCCAGAGUGAUGGGGGAGGCCUGGCUGAGGAGAUCCUAAAACUGAGCCCUUGGGGCCCCCAUGCCUACCCCUGGAAGCUGGCUCUGUUGACAGAAAGGAAAGUAGGAAUGAGUCACUCAGUGUCCGAUGAGGGUGGGCGUCUGGUGCCUGGGCUGGUCAGCAUGGGGGUGCCCCAGGGCCUGGGCUCCCCGGGGCUCUGGAAGGCCCCCCGUGAAGGAGAGACUGGAGGGAGGCUGAGGGGACAUUUGGAGACCGAAGUCCAACCGGGCCUGGUGGCUCCCUUCCUGACCAUUCCCAGGAGGAGACACUGA